AUGACUCAGCCAGUUAAGAAAGCUUGUGUCUUUUGUGGAUCAUCCUUUGGAAAGGAUGAAACUUAUGCUGAACAAGCAUCUGAAUUGGGUAAGCAAAUGGCUGAACGGAAUUGGGGUCUUGUUUAUGGUGGUGGUAGUACUGGUUUGAUGGGAUCUGUUGCACGUGGAUGUGCCACCAAUGGAGGUUAUGUUCAUGGUAUUAUCCCUGAUGCUUUAAUUAAUAAAGAACGUGUGGAUGAUAAGGAAUUGAACGCUAAGUUGAAGGAAGGUAUUGAUAACCAUGAUGGUAGUACGCCAAUUCCUGAUUCAAAAGAGUAUGGUAAGACCACCUUAGUUAAGGAUAUGCACACUAGAAAGAGAAUGAUGGGUGAAGAAAGUGAUUUCUUCAUUGCUUUGCCAGGUGGAUAUGGUACUUUGGAAGAAUUGAUGGAAGUUACUACUUGGUUCCAAUUGAAUAUUCACAAGAAGCCCAUUGUGAUCUUCAACAUGAAUGGUUUCUACGAUAACUUUUUAAAGUUUAUCAAUGAUUGCAUCACAUCUGAAUUUGUUUCAGUUAAAAACGGUGAGAUCUUAAGGGUUGCAAACACUAUUGAAGAAGUAUUUCAAGCUAUUGAUACUUUCGAACAACCAGAUGGGGUUUUCAACUUGAAAUGGGAAUCAACCUAG